AUGUCAGAAGAACUUGAUCAUCAUUCUCAAAACCUCUCAGCCUUAGAAGGGGUUCUGACGGAGCAUGAGGAAUUACCAGUGGAUAUCGUCACCACUCAAGGCGCUGAAAGCACCGAUUUGACAAGACGUAGCAGCGGCCAUCAGGCUCUAGCAAGUGACUCUGUGCCCGAAGUUGAACAUCAGCUAGACCCGUCUGGCUCGACCACGGAUCCUCAUCCAGUGGGCAACGCGACGGAUAGCAGCCCUUUCCCUGCAUUCCCUGCCGAGCAGCUCUUACUAGCGACUCAUAACCCAUGGCUUAACGAAGACGAGUCCCUCCACCAUCGCGGAACGCCCUUCGGACGGCUGUAA